ACAUCCAAGCGUGCUACUGCGUCAGGAAAAAAGCUGCCCAAGAAGGAGAAGCCAUUAAGUAAACGAAUGGCCAGGGAGAGGCUGAUUCCGCCUAGCAGACGGAGCACGAGAAUACCUGCGGAGACCUUGGCGCCGAGGAAAGAGUCUGCUUGGGAUGACGACACCGACACAGGUGACAAGAAUGUCACGUGGAAUUCCUGCUUUCGGCCUCCCAGGUUAAUGAGGAUGCCAGAGCUAAAGAAAGAAGGCAGCUCGUACAAGUGCUGCGUCCGGGGAUGCCGUGCGUCAGGCAACGAGCCUUUCACCGGCAUCUGGUUGUUUGCACUGCCUGCCGACAAAACGCUGAAGUCGGCCUGGUUCGAGAGCAUCCCCAUCAACCCCGAAAUCAACAGACCCCUGAGCCCUCGGUUGUGUUUCGAGCACUUCAAGAAGGAGGAUUUCAUUAUGUUCAAGGACCGCCCGAUUGGGCUCGUUGAUAAUGCGGUGCCCACGGAGAUGGCGAACAAAAAGUUGUGCCAAUAAUUCAACUACCAGGAGCGCCCAGUAUUAGAGAUUUAGCUUAUCCACAAGCAUAAUUGUCCUUUGCGAAACAGUGACUUACUGGAGACGCUGCUGGUAGCAGCAGUGCUGUUAGUGCCAUCCGGUGAUGCAGAGUUUAAUAAUUAAGAGAGGACAGACAGCUGUUAAUUAUAGCGACCAGCCAUAUUCUGCUUAGCUGCUGGUGUAAAGUGUCAGCUGUAACGUAGACGGUAACAUGCAACCUUUUCUUAAUUUUCUUUUUGCAUUGAAGCACAAAAUUAGCUGGAACGCCAAUGCAUUUCACCGCAAAGUUCGGGAAUUAUUAUCUCGAAACUGGUGUCAUCCCGAGAAUUCGUUCCAAGUGGAUCCGCCUUGCGAACUCCACGGCUACAAUCUGUAAAUUGCAACAUGGGCCAUCAGGUAAUUAGUUAAAAACUUAAUUAGUGAAUUUCUGUUGAUUAUUCGAUUAUGCAUUUCAAUUUCUUGUGCAAGUAAUGUCCGCCUCUUCGAGUAGACCAGCUCAUUAACUAGAAUUGGGCUAUCUGCUACAGGCAACCUUAAAUAAAUUUUGAAAGUGUUCGCUGAAACACCCUGCAUUUUGCUCAAAUAGAGAAAAGGCGUUAUAGAAGAACAGAGGUUCCACUAAUUUUGUUCAGGCGAACAAAAAUUACAUGCAAUUUGUGCGAGGUUGACCAAAUAUUGAGUCGCAGGCGCGAGGAUAUGGGGGCGCGGGCACUACAGCUGAGCUGUUGCUGUCUUGUCUAUGCCUCUUGGUGUGUACUCAUGUUUAAUAUACCUUGUGAUAAAGACUUGUGCAAUAAAUAAAGUUAUGGCUUAUGAGCUGUUUUGGUUGAAAGGCAUUGGUUGAUCUGCCCUCUCACUGUUGUACAGAAGUGACAAGUUAUUGCAGAAGACGCAACUGUGAACAUGUGGCUGAUGUGGCAUGCACAG